GAGGCGCGCUGUGGGCGGGGCGACACUCAGCACUGCACCGCAGCAGCAGCAGCAGUAUCUGCUAAGCCGCGGAGCCUAGCCGUGCGAUUUUGACAGGAACGUGGUGCGCAGGCUAACUAUAUCGGGAACUUUGGCUGAACAGCGCCUGUAAUAACACAGGUAUGGCAGUGAAUGUACACUCCACGUCUGUAACCAACGAGAACCUAAGCCGACAUGACAUGCUGGCAUGGGUUAAUGACUCUCUACAGCUCAGCUACACCAAAAUAGAACAGUUAUGUUCAGGUGCAGCUUAUUGUCAGUUCAUGGAUAUGCUAUUCCCAGGUUGUAUUUUUCUAAAGAAGGUGAAGUUCCAGGCAAAGCUGGAGCAUGAGUAUAUACACAACUUCAAAGUUCUUCAGGCAGCAUUCAAGAGGAUGAGCGUUGAUAAAAUAAUCCCAGUGGAAAAGCUUGUAAAGGGGAAGUUCCAGGACAACUUUGAAUUCGUCCAGUGGUUCAAGAAAUUCUUUGACGCCAACUACGACGGCAAAGAGUAUGAUCCCCUUCAAGCUAGACAGGGUCAAGACAUGGCGCCUCCCCCGAAUCCAGGUGAUCACUUUUUCCACAAACCCAAGAGAACUGGUCCAGGGCCUCAGAGAACGUCACCCACAGUACCCAAAAACAUGCCCACUCCACAGAGGGUGACGACCACCAUCAGGAAGAACCCCAGUCUGACGCGGAACGGGGCCGGAGACGCCGAGAUCAUGGAGCUUAAUCAACAGUUAAUGGAACUGAAGUUGACCGUAGACGGACUGGAGAAGGAAAGAGAUUUCUACUUCAGCAAACUGCGAGACAUUGAGUUGAUCUGCCAGGAAAACAAGAGCGAGAGCAACCCCGUCCUCACCAAGAUAAUUGACAUCCUUUAUGCCACAGAGGAAGGAUUUGCAGCACCAGAAGACGAUGAAAUAGAGGAGCAGGCCCACUUGGACCAGGAUGAAUACUGAGCGCUACCCCCUCCCUCCCAUUUCUCCCAUGCCCUGUUCUCCUGCCCCUUCCCUUUUCUCCUUUUCUCCACUUUGAGCUACUCCUCCCAUUGCACGCUGUUGAUAUCUCCUCCAUUACCUCUGUAUCUAUGGAUGCCCCAUAUGUACUAUGUAUCUGUUUGUCUUCUCCUACUACAGUUCAUGCACUACAUCUCAACGGCUCAUUACCACCUCCCCGCUCCCCCCAAGAAUAGCAAAAACAGUAAUACUGUAUAUCCUAUCUGCCUCAGCAUGUUUCACAUUACGACAUGGAGAAUGAACACAAACAAGGCAUUGGAGACUAAGGGUAGCACAAUGAACAUAAAAAGGUACCCAUUACGGCGAAACAGCAGUUUUGAAGGUGAAAAAGAAAGGGUUUUUGCAUGAAAUGCAGUUAUUUGCCUUAGAUCUCCUGCAUAGUUUGUAUUGGCUCUGUACUGGGUCCAUUUUCAGCUUUUAGAAUAGCUUAUUGGUUUCUCAUUCCUCCAUGCAGUCUCCUUUCUUUCGCCUCAGAAUGUCUCGCUUACUCAGUUCAAGCACAGUGACUGAGGAAUAGUCAAUGACUGCAAACAGAAGAAAUUGCUACACAAAAAUAACGGUUCUUCCAGACGUGUUUUAGUAAUCCUCAAACUUUUAUAUCUACAUGAGGAUCAUUCUGCAAAAUGUUACUGACAGUUCAGCACAACUACUGUGUAUUUUAUUAAUACAGACGUUCUACAUUUGAAUUUGAUGAGAAACAGAGGGUACUUUGGGCCUUUUUUUUU